AUGCUCCUCUUAAAAUCUAUGGGAUCUGCAUCACCUUCAUCUUCCAGAUCUAAGCGUGCCACUGAACAAUGCAAGUCUGAAUCGAUCACCGCCAGCACCAUCCAAGACCCCCUCUUCAUUGUGUAUUAUGACACUAAGGGUCAGUUUGAUACAUGCUUGAGUAACGAGGUUUUGAAAGCCAACCUGGUUCCGUUGCUGGAGCACCCUCUCACAGAGGAGUACCUUGAUAUCAUGAAAAGAAAACUCAGUGAGAUUUACCCCGCUGGGAUCCCAGAGGACCAGUUAAAGCUGUUUGGUCAGUUAUCACGCCGCUACGACGGGAACGAGAUCAGCACGUGGAGAGUGACAUCCAGUGACACACUAUCAGCCUUACUGGAUCCGGCAGGCGGACGCUGGAAGGCAGCUGGGGCCAAGCAACUGAUCACUAGAUACACGGACCUGGGGGGCACAUUAACUGGACCCUUACUUCAGAAAAUUGGGGGUAGAGAUCUGUGUGGUCUGGACGAUGAUCAGAUUAAUAAAAUAAGCCCAGAAGCAAUUGGGACUGCUGGGAAAUUAGACAUUUCUUCUUGUUCCCAAAGCAAGAAGGACCGGCUGUAUGCAAAAGCCCGUGAUGCAUUUGCCAGCCAAACUGGAACCAGUGCUUACUACCCUUUAAUUCAGCCAUAUUUAGGUGGAGCUCCAAUAAAGGACCUGGAACACUUAGCAGGAUCUAAUAUUGCCAUGGAUAUCGACACAUUUACUUCCUUAAAACCCAGUGAACUGCAGGCCCUCAGUGUCCAGAAUGUGAAAAAUUUGCUUGGUGUAAACCUCCCUGAUCUAAAACGAGCUGAAAAUCAUCCAGCUGUGACCAGCUGGAUCCAGAGGCACUAUCAGUUGGAAUUGGACAGCGUCCUGGGCAUCGGUCUGCACGGAGGAAUGUCCGAGCCAGUCUCAAUGGCAACAGCUAGCACUGGGACUUCUGCUACCCCUGAUACCAGCGCAAUCCCACCUGCCAGCACCUACAGUGUCAACCCCCCCCACGACACCACCUCCCUACCUGCUCUCAUUGCCCCACUUGCUACCAUCCACAAUACCACCACCACCUCCCCACCUGCUACCGCCUACAAUGACACCACCACCUCCAACACCACCUCCCCACCUGCUCUCAUUGCCCCACUUGCUACCAUCCACAAUACCAGCACCACCUCCCCACCUGCUACCGCCUACAAUGACACCACCACCUCCAACACCACCUUCCUACCUGCUAUGACCACCCCACUUGCUAUCAGCCACAAUACCACUACUACCCACAACACCACCUCCCCACCUGCUACCACCCACAAUAACACCACCAUCCAUAACACCACUUCCUCACCUGCUACCACCUACAAUGACACCAUCCCCCACAACACCACUUCCCUACCUGCUAUUAUCACCCCAUUUGCUACCAUCCACAAUACCACUAGUAUCGACAACACCACCUCCCCACCUGCUACCACCUACAAUGUCAUUACCUCUUACAACACCACCUCCCCACCUGCUACCACCCACAAUAACACCACCAUCCAUAACACCACUUCCUCACCUGCUACCACCUACAAUGACACCACCAUCCACAACACCACCUCCCCACCUGCUACCACCUAUGACACCAUCCCCCACAACACCACUUCCCUACCUGCUAUUAUCACCCCAUUUGCUACCAUCCACAAUACCACUAGUAUCGACAACACCACCUCCCCACUUGCUACCACCUACAAUGUCAUUACCUCUUACAACACCACUUCUCCACCUGCUACCACCUACAAUACCACCACCACCCACAACACCACUUCCCUACCUGCUCUCAUUGCCCCACUUGCUACCAUCCACAAUACCACCACCACCUCCCCACCUGCUAUCACCUACAAUGACACCACCACCCCCAACACCACCUUCCUACCUGCUAUGACCACCCCACUUGCUACCAUCCAGAAUACCACUACUACCCACAACACCACUUCCUCACUUGCUACCACCUACAAUAACACCACCAUCCACAACACCACCUCCUCACCUGCUACCACCUAUGACACCAUCCCCCACAACACCACUUCCCUACCUGCUAUCAUCACCCCAUUUGCUACCAUCCACAAUACCGUUAGUAUCAACAACACCACCUCCCCACCUGCUACCACCUACAAUGACACCACCACCUCCAACACCACCUUCCUACCUGCUAUGACCACCCCACUUGCUAUCAGCCACAAUAGCACUACUACCCACAACACCACUUCCUCACCUGCUACCACCCACAAUAACACCACCAUCCACAACACCACCUCCCCACCUGCUACCACCCACAAUAACACCACCAUCCAUAACACCACUUCCUCACCUGCUACCACCCACAAUAACACCACCAUCCACAACACCACCUCCCCACCUGCUACCACCCACAAUAACACCACCAUCCACAACACCACUUCCUCACCUGCUACCACCUAUGACACCAUCCCCCACAACACCACUUCCCUACCUGUUAUGAUUACCCCACUUUCUGCCAUCUACAAUACCACUACUAUCCACAACACUACUUCCCCACCUGCUACCACCUACAAUGUCAUUACCCCCUACAAUACCACUUCUCCACCUGCUACCACCUACAAUACCACCACCACCCACAACAUCACUUUCCCACCUGCUAUUAUCACUCCACUUGCUACCGUCCACAAUACCACCACCACCUCCCCACCUGCUAUCACCUACAAUGACACCACCACCCCCAACACCACCUUCCUACCUGCUAUGACCACCCCACUUGCUACCAACCACAAUACCACUACUACCCACAACACCACUUUGCUGCCUGCUACCACCCGUAAUAUCACCAUCCUACCUGCUACUAUCCACACUACCAUGUCCCCAGCUACUAUUAUCACCACAACUAGCAUCACCCACAAUACCACAGCCCUACCUGCUACCUCCCGACCUGGCCCCACCCACAACACCACCUUAAUCGCCUCCCAUAAGAAGCCUGUCACUCCCCCACAGCCCAGCCCAAACUCCACCUCCCCAUCUCCCAUCACCUCCACAUCCACUCAAAAGACUGUCCUCACCCCAGCUGGCAGCACCACAAGAUUCACUAGCAAGUCAACCCCUGCCUCAACAGCUACCACUCCCACAAGCCCUGGCAAGACAGCUGUUCCCCCUGCACCGGCCAUCACUGUGUCUUCCACAACCAUGAUCACCCCCAAGACAGCCACUAAAAAUCCAGCUACUGACACGACAUGGCCACCAAAGCCACUUCCACCAGGAUACAUCAUUCUUGAACCGGUUACCGCGUCAGGAUCCAAACCAGCUUUCCAUUUGCUGCAUGCCUUCUCCGUUACCAUCGGAAUCUCCUUGUUGAGCAGGUUUCUCUAAUGCCACCGUCACAGGCUCUGCCUCCACCAUGUUCCUCCUUCCUUUAGUUCCUCCCCUGACUGAAACUAGCUGAGAUGGCAGCUGCAGACAUUUCAUAUCCCACCCCCCCACAAGGGAAGCAGCGACACCAUGAAAAGCAGAGACGCACAGUGUAUCAAGCAGCUGUAGCACCGUCACUCUGGUUCCCUGGGGCAACGCAAUCAUCCCUCAGAAAAGGGAAAGCCCAUUAGCACUACACCAAACAGCACACUGUGAGUGUUGUCGCUCAGCUGUUCGGAGAGAAGAGCAGUACAAGAAUCUCAUGCCAGGACCAGGAGCAGCAGCAUGCUGAAAAUCCCCAAAGGACCCUUCAUAUCAGCUCACUUUGCCCCAUCCAUGGGUAUGCAAAGCCUUCUCCAGCUGAACUCCCAAGGCCAAGCCCUCCUCAGGAGCAGCACCUGAUGCCUACUCUGCAUCUCCUUGGUCAGCAAGGGUGAAGCCAGCCCAUAGGGUUACCUAGAGGAAAGUCCAGUUGUGAGGAAGGUUGCAGGAAGUAAAGGACACGGGCUGAAAUACCGAUUCAGUUUGAAAUAAACGGGGCUAUGGUAGGCAGAUGCAUUACUGAUGUAACUCCACUGGUUUCAACAGAGUGACGCUGGUGAUGAAUUUGACCCACUGUUCUGUGCCCGACACAUUAACUACGCGUGGUUACAAAUAAAACUGAUAAGGCCAAGUCCUUGGCUGGCAUAAAUUGCUGCACUGCCAUUGAAGCUAAGGGAGCUGCAGCAAUUUACCCCACCAGUGAAUAAUGUUAUCAGGGGUGGGUGCGGGGAAUCACCAUUUUUCCAGCCCAAAAAUACAAGUCAAAAUAAAGUCAGAUGAAUGGGAGUUCUAGGCUCCCAUUACAACAAUCUGGACCUCUCCACCAUGCUGGGGUCUUUUAUCCGCUGGGCAUCGGGUGUCACCAUAUGGCUAACAGGAACCUAUCCAGCUUCAGUUCCAAAAUCUUUAGAAUUUCAGGCUGCGAGGCAGGCAUGCGCCUGG